AUGUGGGAGGAGAUGCUCAAGCGCACACGGGCCGAGGAGUCCAAGGAAUUCAAGUUAUUCAAGGCACUUGUCAAUGGAGAUCUCGCAGUUGAAGAUACUGUACAAUGGGUCAUAGCCACGACAAUGGACAGACUGGAAAACCACGGCCCCGGAGGAACAAUCGAGAAAGCCGACGCAAUAACGUUCAUAGCUAUUUUGGAGCUGGCCAUGCAAAUCGACACAACUCAGUAUGGCCCAUUGAUCAAAUUCCUGGCGGAGUUGAAGCUGUACAAUGCCGUUGAUUCAUCGACUGGGUUGGUUCUCAAAACCCAGGAUGGAAGCAGAGUAUGGUCCCAUCUACCAUCCCUCACUUUCUGGGCUCGCGAAAUAUGGAAUGAGCAUGAGUGCGGUCGGAGAACACACCUCUGUGACCCGGGUAUGGAGCCUGAUCAGCAAAUCAGAUGGGCUAAGCUGAAUAUCUUUCUCGCGCAAGUGACGCAGGCUGCCGAUGUCGAAUACGAUUCACCGCUGCAGGUGUGGAUCGGCGAUGCUAUGGAUGAAUCUCACAUCGGACUCUGUGGAUUGCGUCAAGUGUUUGAAGAGGGCAUCCCUUCCAAACAACUUGUCUCGACAGCUGGUCUGCUCGGUGUGUGCUAUUGGCUAAUCUGUGCCGGGGACAGACUGUGGGAAAAUGUUCUCAACGGUUGCAAAUACAACAAGUACGAUGGGCGACCGGGAGAGAUGUAUUCGAAUCGGGGUUGGAAGGGCUUUGAACGCGACAGAUGGGAGAUAUGGGUGCAAGGCUUUCGUGACACCAAGGCUACCUGCACAACUGGCCAGGAACUCGUGGAAGACUUGAUAGACCGUGCUCUACUCAAGAUAGAGUGUGUAAUGAGCAAUGAAAAAUGA